GUGCGUGCUCGCGCUCGCGCGUAACCGCGCACGGUGGCGCUUCAUCGUCACUUGGAGCGGGAGCGCGCCUGAAUCAGCUGUCCGCCAGGGGAAGGCGCACAGGGAGACGCAACGCCGUCAGGGAAAAUGAGCGUGGAGAGAAUUUUCGACGAGCUCGGACAUUUCCAAAGAUUUCAGGCGUGUCUGUACUUUGCAGCAGUCUUCCAGGCCAUCGCCUGUGGAAUUCACUACCUGGCCUCUGUUUUCCUUGUGGAGACUCCAAACUUUGUGUGUGGAGUUCCUGAGAACAUCACAGAUGUUCUGUAUGGUAACCUAACAAGCUCUGGCCUAGGGGAAGUCCUGCCUGUCUUCUCAGGGAAAGGACCUUUGGUGGUGAGGACGUCCGCGGGGGAGCAGUGGGAGCUCAGCCGCUGCCAAAGCGCUCUGCGCAUCAACCCCAAAAACUUCACCUAUGACUUUACCGGCAACAGAACUGUGAGCGGCUGCCAUGGGAACUUUGUCUUUGACCACACAGAGGUGCAGCAGAGCAUCGUGACAGACUGGGACCUGGUGUGUGAAAGGGAGUGGCUGGCCAAGCUGUGCCAGCCCACGUUCAUGAUGGGGGUGCUGAUAGGGGCGGUGAUGUUUGGGGACAUUGCUGACAGAGUUGGACGUGUGAGAAUUAUGAUGUUCACCAGCCUCUGUCAGUUUGCUCUCGGAGUAUCUGUUGCCUUCUCUGGAAACUACUACAUCUUUGUGGUGCUGCGUUUUCUACUGGCGAUGGUGUCGAGUGGCUAUCUGGUGGUUGUUUUUGUGUAUGUGACAGAGUUCACGGGCAACAAGGUGCGCACAUGGACCUCAAUGCACGUGCAUGCAGCAUUUGCCGUGGGCGUCAUGGUGGUAGCUCUCACCGGUUACCUAGUUCGAGUCUGGUGGAUCUACCAGAUCAUCCUCUCCAUCUGCACCUCCCCCUUCCUGCUCUUCUGCUGGAAGUUCCCCGAGACGCCUUUUUACUUGAUGGCCAAGGGCCGGUACCAGGAGGUCCAGAUCCUGCUGGACAAAAUAGGCCGCUUUAAUGGGCUCGAGUGCAAGUUGAAAGCAGAGGACCUGCUGGAGCCGGAGAAGAUGGAGUGCGAUAAAGCGUUGCUGCAGAAGGAGGCAGAGGAGCCUCUGCAGCCAGAGAAGAGGCUGACCAUCCUGGAUCUGUUUGGCAGCUGGAGGAUGGCCAGCCGCACGUGCACAGUCUGGGCCAUCUGGUUCAUCGGCAGCUUAGGCUACUAUGUCUUCUCCUUGGGUUCAGUUAAUCUUGGAGGAAACCAGUACAUGAACCUCUUCGUGGCUGGUGCGGUGGAAAUCCCCUCUUAUCUUGUCGGUUGUUUUGCGAUGGACCGGAUCGGAAGGAAGAAGACCUGCGCUCCAGCUCUGAUUCUGGCUGGGGUUGCUUGCGUCCUCAUCGUUGUGGUACCAGCUAAGUUGGAGUCUCUGGUUGUCGCCCUCAGCAUGAUAGGAAAGUUUGCUGUUGCAAUUGCGUUUGGUCUCGUCUACCUGUACACCUGUGAACUUUACCCCACUAUCAUCAGAUCCCUUGCAGUUGGAAGUGGCAGUAUGAUGUGUCGUGUUGGAAGCGUUGUGGCUCCUUUCUGUGUUUACCUGGCAGACGUUUGGAUCUAUCUACCUCAGCUCAUAGUUGGAAUCCUGGCGUUCAUCAUCGGCGUUCUGACGCUGCUGCUGCCCGAAACCCUCGGGGAACCUCUGACAAGCACCAUGGAGGAGGCUGAAGCUCUCGGACAACAGCCUGCCAAGAACAAAAAGGUUGAGGAAGGGGUGGAGCUUAACCAAACAAAAGCUUAACAUUUAAUUAAAAAAACGUUUGUCUCAAAACCAUUCAAGUUUCUUACAUAUUUUGUAAUGUUUUGUUCUGAAAAGAGUCCCAAAGGGGACUUUUUGACUUGUGUGUAUGCAUGGAUAAUUCAUGUGCUUGAGAAUACAGACUAAUGAUCAACUUUGAUAGUUUUUGCCUCUAAUAUGCUCUGUUGGCCAUCAUAUACAUCAAAGACUCCACUGAUAAUAUUGCAUAAAGUGUUGAUGGUCAUUAAAGUAAAAAAAAAAAAAGAGUAGCAGAAAAAAAUGAAUGUCUUAUCAAAGCAUGAUAUGACAAAUGUGAUUUCUUUACUUAGUUACUUUACAAGUAAAGAAAUCACAUAAUUGAAAUUAUGUGAACAUUACAUAAUGUAAAAAAAUACAAUAGAAGUGUUUUUUUUUCAGUUACUUUCAUUGGUUUUAAUCUCAGGACAUUACUGUGAAAACAUCACUAAUUUAAUUCUAACAAUUUAAAAUUCUUAGUUUUAGCAAAGCUCUAAAUAUAGUUUGUGUGAAUGCAUGUUUGUGGGCGAUGUUUACAGCUACGUUUUCAUUGCAUGUUUAAGAGCAAAGGUGAGCAUGGAAUAAGACUGUUCAGGUGAGAAUCAAGCUGUUGGGACCAAACAUGAAUUAGUGCUGGAUUUUAAUGUGGAAAUAUGUAGAGUGAAUGAUAGAGGGAGAAAAAAAAGCUGAAAAUUAUCAAGUUCAACAGUCAGUUUCUUUUAAAAACAGUUUUUUUUAUAAAUUUAAAAAGUUUUGUGUUUGGUUUUCUUUUGGCAUCAAGCUAAAUAAUUGAGAUGAUUGACACAGAUAUUGCUUAUGUUUCUGUGGUUUUAGUUUUACAGUGCUGAUAUAAAGAAAGGGAACUUGGAAUAAAGUGUGUUUGAAAAGAAGAUCUUUAAUAAAUAUAAUGGAGAAUAAAUCAAGUAGCUGCUCACAAA